CGGUCUCGAGGGCUCAGCGAGUACGCCACAGACGCUCGUGGCGGCCAGCAGACCUGCUCAAUGGUGUUGCCGGGGCCAGCGGAGGGAACGUACCCCGAGUCACACACACCCCCGGCCAGCCCUUAGUGCGGAGCAGUGAACUGUUGAUAGUUCCUUUUUCUUGACAUCAUGCAGAGAGCCUCACGCCUGAAGAAAGAACUGCACAUGUUGGCCAUAGAACCUCCCCCAGGCAUCACAUGCUGGCAGGAAAAGGACCGAGUGGAUGAUUUGCGAGCUCAAAUACUAGGUGGAGUCAACACACCUUAUGAGAAAGGUGUUUUCACACUGGAAGUUAUCAUUCCUGAGAGGUACCCAUUUGAACCACCACAGAUCCGAUUUCUGACUCCAAUCUAUCAUCCAAACAUUGAUUCUAGUGGAAGGAUUUGUCUAGAUAUUCUCAAAUUGCCACCAAAAGGUGCGUGGAGACCAUCCCUCAACAUCUCCACUGUAUUGACCUCAAUUCAGCUGCUCAUGGCAGAGCCCAAUCCUGAUGACCCACUAAUGGCUGACAUUUCCUCAGAAUUUAAGUAUAACAAGAUAGCUUUUCUCAAGAAUGCCAAGCAGUGGACAGAGACUCAUGCAAGACAGAAACAAAAGGCUGAUGAAGAGGAGCUAGGCACCUCAUUAGAGGUUGGUGACUUUGCGGAAAGCAACUCCACACAGAAAAGAAAGGCCAGGCCACUAGGAGGCAUGGAAAAGAAGUUUCAUCCUGAUGUCCAGAGAGUUUGUCCUGGUCCUUCGUAGUUAAUGCAGUCUGUGACAAGCUCCUGCUUGCUUUUUUCAAUGUUUUCCUUUGUGUUUGAUGACAUAAUGUUUGUAUCUUUAUAAAAGACCUUGUAUGUUUACGAAUUCUGCCAUGCAGUGAUUCUUUAAGGAUAGUUUG